UCUCUACCACUCCACAAGGAAAGGCCACAGAGUAGACACAACCCCUCCGACGCUUUUUAAGAUAACACUCCCAAAUGCAUAAACCCCAUAAACCCCUUUUAAGUAACCAGAGAACACGGAGAGAAAAUUAGAUUAAAAAAAAACAGAGCAUGGAAUCCACGAGCAGCAGUAUCUUUAAAUUCGGCAGGCACGGCGUUAAGCUCUUCCGUGUGGAAUCUAAUGCCGCGGCGAGCUCUGCCGACUCCUACACACCACCUCCGAAGCCUCUGUUGAUUGCUUCGCCAUGCGACGAAGGGGAUUACGCUGUCGUGUUGUUCCUCCACGGAUACCUUCUUUAUAAUUCCUUCUAUUCUCAGCUGUUCCAGCAUGUAGCUUCUCACGGCUUUGUUGUUAUCGGCCCCCAGUUAUACUCGAUUUCCGGACCAGACGCCACAGAGGAGAUCAAAUCUGCAGGAGAUGUAACAGAUUGGUUAAUCGACGGAUUGAGCCACGUUCUUCCGACCCAGGUUCGACCGAUUCUAUCCAAGCUCUCUAUCGCGGGCCACAGCCGCGGCGGAAAAGUCGCAUUCGGCCUCGCGCUGGGCUAUACCGAAUCCAGACUCAAAUUCUCAGCGCUCAUGGGAAUCGACCCGGUCGACGGAAUGGACAAAGGGAAACAAACUCCCCCUCCUAUUCUCACCCAUGUCCCUCACUCGUUCGAUCUUAAAGUCCCGGUAAUGGUUGUCGGGUCGGGUUUGGGUGAGAUAAGGAGGAACCCUCUCUUCCCCCCUUGUGCCCCAAAGGGAGUGAGUCACAAGGAGUUCUUUGAUGAGUGUGGCUCACCAUCUUGUUAUUUUGUGGCCAAGGAGUAUGGGCAUGCAGAUAUGUUAGAUGAUGAGACUAAGGGGAUUAGGGGAAUGGCCACGUAUUGUCUUUGUAAAAAUGGCAAAGCAAGGGAACCCAUGAGGAGCUUUGUGGGUGGGAUUAUGGUUGCAUUUAUGAAGGCUUAUUUGGAAGGGGACAACAAGUUUUUGAUGGCUAUUAGAGAUGAUCCAGAGAUUGCACCAGUUGAGCUCUCCACUAUUGCCUUUCUUUGAAUAGAGUUAUUGUGAUCUAGCCUUUUCUUUUGACGCGCGGAUGUUACCAAUAAAACUGAUUGUGGUAUCAAAAAAUAAGUUUACUUAAUCCGAUUACUGUGUUAUAUAUUAAUUUGCAGAACAUAAUAAGAUUCAAUCUCGACACUUUGCAAUAAGCUCACUUAUUUA